AUGCAUCCACAUUAUUUUCCUUAUAAAUUCACUUAAUACCAUUACUAAACCCCUCCAUACCUUUACCCACAAUAUUUACAACCACAAUAUUACAAUUAAAAUAAUUUUCUACAAUACAAACACCCUUAAUUUCAAUAUGCACCUUUACCAACUCAAUAAUAGCAAUAUAUUCUCAUCUCAGAUGAUGAAGAAUGUGUACCAAUCCAAAAAAUUGAUAAACCCAUUCCAACCUAAACCAUUAAUGCAACUCAAACCCAAAAAAAAACAGUCAAAUUGCUAGACCUUGAUACCCUUGAAGCAUAAGGAAAGCUAUAUGAUUAUGAAAGUUCUCAAUCCCCUCCAUUACCUAAGCGAAUCAUUAAAAAACCACCAAAACCUAUCUAUAAACCUUAGAGAAGGAAAUAAAUCAAAAUACGCAAAGAACCGAUUAGACAUACUCAUUAAAAGAUUAAACACGUGUAAAUUGGAAUUUAAAGAUAAUAGCUUAAUUAUUCUUAAUCAAAUGUAAAGGCAAAAUUCAUUAAAAUUUAUGAGAAACAAGAAGAUAAUUGUAUAAAUCAUUUUAAAUUUACAUAGUUUCUAAAUUAUUUGAUUAAUUAAAACUUAAUUUUUAAGAAGCUAAUGAUGAAGAUAUUGCAAUUGUUCUUAAUAUGGUUGGUAAAGAUUAUUAAAAGGCUGAAACAUUUAUAAAUUAAAACUCAUUGUUUCUUCAAUAAUACCUUCAAAGUAAUUAAUAAUAUUAAUCUAGAUUAUAAAGAUUUAUCCGAAGAUGACUCUACUAUCAAAAAAUGA